UAUAUGAUGAAUAAGAGAAGGAGAGAAAGAUAGAGAAAAGAUAGAGAGAAAGAGAGUACGCCCACACUACCGUGGCUGUAUAGGAGAGCUAGACGCCGUUAAUUUUUGCCAGCUGUGAGAAAUACGGGAGCGGGGAGAACAAAAUGGCUAGCUACAUAGAAUACGAGGAUCCUCCAGUCUGGAACUAUGUCUUUGUGCCGGCUUACAGCUAUGAUGAAGAACCGCUUGGUUUCUAUGUAAACCCAAGAGAUGAGUUGUACAGUGGCGUUCGAAGAAGUUACGAUGACAACCUCUAUGGAAUUCGUCGACGUCGUUAUGCUUUGGAAGACCAGCUGCGUCUUGAUGUCGAUAGUUACACCCCGCUUCCCAGACGACACGCCUCGCCCGUCCGACGUCGUUCACGUUCCUCCGUCCGAGAUUACGUUCCCGUGACAGUACCAGAAAGUGUCGCUUCCGUCCCAGUCUUCCGGAAAUCUCCCACUGCUACAAGAUAUGCGAGGCAGUUAAGAUUUGACCGUAGUGCAAGCUGGGCGCCGUUUGUUUCUCUCAGGGAGGACCAUUAUACCGCCAAUGUUGACCUGAAAGCAGACGCAUUGAAUCGCAUUCUUUUGAAGAGAGAUCUCGACACCACCCUGCGCUCACUAUAUGCCAAUAAAACAAAAUCGGAGGUUCGUUCGAAGAGGGAUUUCGAUCUUUCGGAGUUACAAAGGCUCGAUAGAAAACAAGAUCAAAUGUCAAAAUAUCUGCUUGAUUUCAAGAGAGAUAUCAUUAGGGCAAAACACCCAAGUCAGUACAGAUACGGACACUAUUAAUGUGAUACCCGUGAGAAGAUUAGAAUGUCCUUGACCUAUAGUAAAAUUUAAUCUGAAUGUUCGUUGAAAAGAAAUUGUGGCAGUAUUUAUGCUUUCAUUACCGAGUUACAGGAAUAAAAGACAGUGAACACAAAA